GCUUCCUUCCUCCUCACGCUUUGAUUGGCUGGGCAUUGGCACGCCGCUGGGUGACUGAGGCGGCAGUGAUUGGCUGAGGGCGCUGGCUGGCCGUGGUUACCAGGAGACGCGGUUCGAUCGCCUGCCGCUGACUCUGAGUGGAGCAGCGAGAGCGGGGAUUAAAGUGCCGAAAAUACGCCCGCUUCUUGACCAGCUGAUCGACGACUGGUGCCAUGUUUAUCUACCUGAGCAAGAAGAUUGCCAUCCCAAAUAACAUUCAAUUGAGAUGUGUUUCGUGGAAUAAAGACCAAGGAUUUAUUGCUUGUGGUGGGGAAGAUGGUCUUUUAAAGGUGCUAAAGCUUGAAACACAGACAGAUGAUACGAGAUUAAAAGGAUUGGCAGCACCUAGCAACCUUUCUAUGAAUCAGACAUUAGAAGGACACAGUGGUGCUGUACAGGUGGUGACUUGGAAUGAGCAUUACCAGAAAUUGACAACAAGUGACCAGAAUGGUCUCAUUAUUGUGUGGAUGUUGUAUAAAGGUUCUUGGUAUGAGGAAAUGAUCAACAAUAGGAAUAAAUCUGUCGUUCGUGGUAUGAGUUGGAACGCUGAUGGACUGAAAAUUUGCAUUGUGUACGAAGAUGGUGCUGUCAUUGUGGGUUCAGUGGAUGGUAACCGAAUCUGGGGUAAGGAAUUGAAGGGUCUACAGCUGAGUCAAGUUGCCUGGUCACCAGACAGCAAGGUUCUUAUAUUUGGCAUGGCCAAUGGAGAAAUACAUAUAUAUGACAGUCAAGGAAAUUUUAUUAUGAAGCUUGUGCUCCAGUGCCUUAUUAAUGUGACUGGUGCAGUCAGCAUUGUUGGUAUCCAUUGGUAUUCUGGAACCGAAGGCUAUGUCGAACCAGACUGUCCCUGCUUGGCAAUCUGUUUAGACAAUGGUCGUUGUCAGAUAAUGCGUCAUGAGCAUGAUGAGAAUCCUGUCCUGCUUGAUACUGGUAUAAAUGUGGUUGGCAUUCAGUGGAACUAUUGUGGGAGUGUGUUGGCAGUGGCUGGUUCCCAGAUGUCACCUGGUCAAGACAAGCAGAUCAAUGUUGUGCAGUUCUAUACUCCUUUUGGUGAGCAUUUGCGUACAUUAAAAGUCCCUGGCAAGCAAAUGUAUGCAGCUUCGUGGGAAGGAGGAGGGUUGAGAAUUGCCCUUGCUGUGGAUUCUUUUAUAUAUUUUGCCAACAUUAGACCGGAUUACAAGUGGGGUUAUUGUUCCAACACAGUAGUAUAUGCAUAUACCAGACCAGAUCGCUUGGAAUACUGUGUAGUCUUUUGGGACACCAAGAACAAUGAAAAGUAUAUAAAGUAUGUAAAGAGUCUGAUUUCAAUAACCACAUGUGGCGACUUCUGUAUUUUAGCAACUAAGGCUGAUGAGACUUCUCUUCAGGAUGAGACUGAGAUGGACCCUGUUGCUGCUAUGUAUGUUCUUGUGCUUUGUAAUUCCAUUGGAACUCCCUUGGAUUCAAAAUAUAUUGAUAUUGAUCCCUUGUUUGUAACCAUGACAAAAACGCACGUAAUUGUGGCCUCCAAAGAAGCUUUCUACAUUUGGCAAUAUCGUGUGGCCAAGAAACUCACAGCAAUGGAAAUCAACCAGGUGGCACCAACAAGGAAGGAGGGUCGAGAAAGAAUUUAUCACAUUGAUGAUGAGACAUCAAUUACAGGAGAUGGAAGCUUGGAUUUCAGUAGGGCCUUCUCAGCAACAAAGGAUGCAAUCUGCUGCAUCACUGCAUCUGAUAAGAUAUUGAUCAUGGGUCGUGAAUCAGGAAGAAUUCAGAAAUACAGUUUACCAAAUGUUAGCCUGCUCCAGAAGUAUGAGUUGAACUGUAGAAGUUAUCAGUUAUCAUUGAACUGUAAUUCCAGCCGCCUUGCCAUCAUUGACAUUACAGGUAUUCUGACAUUUUUUGACCUUGAAACAAGAACAGUGGACAGUACAGGACAGCAAAUAGUAGGUGAAGAGCUGAAAUUUGAGCGGAAGGAUGUUUGGGACAUGAAGUGGGCAAAUGACAACCCAGAUUUGUUUGCCAUGAUGGAGAAGACCAGAAUGUAUGUUUUCAGAAACUUGGACCCUGAGGAACCAAUUCAAACAUCUGGGUAUAUAUGCAAUUUUGAAAAUUUGGAAAUCAAAUCUGUACUUUUGGAUGAGAUAUUGAAGGAGCCAAGCCAACCCAACAAAGACUACAUUAUCAACUUUGAAAUUCGUUCACUACGUGAUAGUCGGAGUCUGAUUGAGACUGUAGGCAUUGAAGAUGCCUGCACAUUCAUUGAAGAGAACCCACAUCCUAGACUUUGGCGCCUGCUUGCAGAAGCUGCUCUCCAGAGACUUGACUUAAAAACAGCAGAACAGGCCUUUGUCCGUUGUAAAGAUUACCAGGGAAUUGAGUUUGUAAAACGUCUUGGAAACCUUCAGAGUGAAUCCAUGAAACAAGCAGAAGUUGCAGCUUAUUUUGGAAGAUUUGAGGAAGCCGAGAGGAUGUAUCUAAACAUGGAUAGAAGGGAUUUGGCCAUUGAUCUAAGGAUCAAGUUGGGAGAUUGGUUUCGAGUACUGCAGUUACUAAAGACUGGUUCUGGUGAUGCUGACGAUGCUCUGCUUGAGCAGGCUUAUAAUGCUAUUGGAGACUAUUUUGCAGAUCGUCAGAAGUGGAUGAAUGCAGUUCAAUAUUAUGUUCAAGGACGGAAUCAGGAGCGACUGGCAGAGUGUUACUACAUGCUUGAAGAUUAUGAUGGUUUGGAUAAACUGGCCAAUGCCCUUCCAGAAAAUAAUAAACUGCUUCCUGAAAUAGCUCACAUGUUUGUUACUGUAGGUAUGUGUGAGCAAGCUGUAUCUGCAUUCUUGAAGUGUAACCAAGCCAAAGCUGCAGUUGAAACCUGUAUCCAUCUGAAUCAGUGGAAUAAGGCUGUUGAGCUGGCCAAGAAUCACAAUAUGAAAGAAAUUGGAUCCCUUUUGGCUAAGUAUGCAUCUCAUUUGUUGGAGAAGAAUAAAAUCUUGGAAGCCGUGGAGCUUUAUCGAAAGGCCCAUCAUUUUCUUGAAGCUGCAAAGCUCAUGUUUAAGAUUGCUGAGGAAGAGGCAAAAAAGAGAACCAAACCAUUACGUGUUAAAAAACUUUACGUGCUGGCUGCAUUACUCAUAGAAGAUUACCAUGAACAGAUAAAGAAUACACAAAGAGCAAAAUUAAAAGGCAGGAGAUCGGAGGCUACAACAGCUCUUGCUGGGUUACUUGAAGAAGAUGCCUCUUUGUCAGAUAAUCGUAUAAUUGACAAUGCUUGGCGUGGAGCAGAAGCCUAUCACUUUUUUUUGCUAGCCCAGCGUCAGCUUUAUGAAGGCUAUGUAGAUGCUGCUAUGAAAACGGCACUUCAUUUACGGGACUAUGAAGAUAUAAUCCCAUCGGUGGAGAUUUACUCCUUACUGGCAUUAUCUGCUUGUGCUAAUCGAGCCUUUGGGACAUGUUCCAAAGCUUUUAUCAAGCUUGAAUCUUUAGACAUGUUAACACCAGAACAGAGACAGCAGUACGAGGACCUGGCCCUUGAGAUCUUCAUCAAGCACAACCCUAAAGAUGGCAAGAAAUCUGAUCUCGACAGUCUCCCUGAAGGCAGAGGAGAAGGAAAACUUCCAACUUGUAUUGUGACAGGACGGCCAAUUGCAGACUACCAAUUCUGGAUGUGUGGCAUCUGUAAACAUUGUGCUCACGAACAGGAUAUCAGCAACUACAAUUUCUGUCCCCUAUGUCAUAAUCCUGUGGGAUAAAGCAGCAUAGGCUAAAAAUACUUUCAACCUCAUUCUAAAUGAACAUUGCAAUGUCUAAUGUAGAAUGGUGUUAAAUUUGUAUUGAAUUUCUCUGCCUCAAAAAUAUUUUUCUGAAAACAUGAUUUACUUAUUUUAUGACACUUCUCAUGGAAGUACCAGUACAGAGGAAUGUAAUUAAUUAUAUGCAAAGAAUGUUAUAAUAGAAUACUUUUG